ACCUAAAUGGGCUCGUGUCAAAAUAAGUUAAAUAACCUCUUCAGCGCCUUAAGCCAAUCCGUUGCCCUGUCAUCGGAGAGAUGGCUUAGGCGUCACAAUGAGGAGUGUUCUGCAACCUCUCUUCGCCGUCGAUUCAAGAAACUUCAAAACCUACAUCAGCAAGACGCUUUCCCUUCUCAAUCAAUUCUCAAACGGAAGGUUAGCUGCCCAUGGAGCUCUCCUCCAUGGACAUUUGAUCAAGACUGGAAUUUCUUCACAGAGACACAUUGCUGUCAAACUGCUGGUUAUGUAUAUGACUCUUGGAAAAUCCUAUGAAAGUAACGAGAUUCUGAAGGAAUUCGAUGGGUUCAAUUUGGUAGUCGCUAAUUGUUUGAUUUCUGCAAAUGUGAAUUGGGGGAGGCCCGACGAAGCCCGCCGGGUGUUCGAGGAAAUGCCCGAGAGAAAUGAAGUUUCUUGGACUGCUUUGGUUUCGGGCCUCUUUCGGCAUGGGAGAGUUGAAGAGGCGUUGUGGUACUUUCGCAGGAACCCGUUUCGAAAUGUCGUUUCUUGGACUGCAACAAUCAGUGGGCUUGUUCAGAAUGGUUUGAAGAUUGACGCUUUGCAGCUCCUCCCAAUGAUGCUGCAGUCUGGAGUGAUGCCUAACAAUGUCACUUUCCCAUCUGUAAUUAGAGCGUGCGGAGAGUUGGGUGAUUUUGAUUUGGGAAUGUGCCUGCUUGGUCUGGUUGUUAAGGUUGGUUUUGAGGACAACUUGACGGUUUCUAAUGCUUUUAUCACGUUUUUUGUGCGGUUGGGUGAGAACGAUUUAGCUAAAAGGACAUUUGAUAAGAUGAAGAAAAAAGAUGUUGUUUCUUGGACAGCAAUUCUUGACAUGUAUGUCGAGCAGGGGAACCUGAAGGAAGCUCGAAGAAUAUUUGAUGAAAUGCCGGAAAGGAAUGAAGUUUCUUGGAGCGCAAUGGUUUCAGGGUACAACCAUAGCGGUUAUGUUGAAGAGGCGGCGAAUCUCUUCCAUCAGAUGUUCAACAAAUAUGGGCUGAAGCCAAAUAUUUCAUGCUGUUCAGCAGUUCUGAGUGCUUUGGGAGGCCUGAAAGCCAUGCAAGCUGGAAGAACCAUCCAUUCUCUUGUUCUAAAACUUGGAUUUGAAAACAGCCCUUUUGUCGGUAGCUCACUGGUGGACCUAUACUGCAAAUGUGGACGUACUGAGUUUGGAUUUCUAUGUUUUGACUCGCUCCGGGAAAAGAACAUUGUCUGUUGGAACUCUAUGGUUUCUGGGUUUAGCUUGAAUGGCCAAUUGACAGAAGCUAGGGAGCUGUUUGAUCAAAUUCCUCAACGAAACAAUGUCACAUGGAACUCCCUGAUGACCGGUUACUUGGAAGGUGAAGAAUAUGACAAGGUGUUUGAAGUAUUCAAUGAAAUGAUUUUGUCAGGAGAAACACCUAACAAAUAUACUUUCUCCACCAUGUUAUCUGCAUGUGCUAACUUAGCUUCAUUACAGAAAGGAAAGAACUUACACUGUAAACUCAUAAAACUUGGUCUGCAGAAUGAUAUAUUCGUGGACACUGCACUUCUGGAUAUGUACGCAAAAUCCGGAAACAUCCAAAGUUCUCUGGAUAUUUUCAAAACCAUGCCUAGUAAGAAUGUGGUUUCAUGGACGGCCAUGAUUCACGGACUUGCAGAAACCGGAUUUGCAGAGGAAUCUCUUGAAAUGUUUGAACAAAUGCGACAGACGACACCCUUCUCACCUAAUGACUCCAUACUUUUAGCAGUCUUAUUUGCUUGUUCCCAUUGUGGUCUAGUGGACAAAGGGCUGCAUCAUUUCAACUCAAUGCAAAAGGUAUAUGGCAUAAUCCCAAAGGAAAGACACUACAUGUGUGUGGUGGAUAUGCUUUCUCGCUCAGGUUGUCUUAUAGAAGCCGAAAAGUUCAUCUCGAGAAUGCCCUUUGAACCUGAGGCCAACACAUGGGCAGCGCUAUUAAGUGGUUGCAGAACAUAUGGAGAUGGGAAUAUGGCAGACAAGAUAUCGAGACGCAUCCAAGAAUCUGGGGGAUAUGUUCUACUGUCAAAUGUCUAUGCUUCAGUGGGAAGGUGGAUAGAUGUUUUAAAUACAAGAAAAUUAAUGCAAGACAAUGGGGUUUUGGAACUACUAAAUUCCGAAAUGCAGUUCGUGUCAAGAACACGUACGAAUUACAAUUUUGCCACUUCGGUACCCGAUUCUGAGGCCAUUCAAUGACCAAUCUGUAAAACAAUCUCCGGG